AUGCCUGAGCGUGCUGCAGCCUCGGUGACCAAUGCGUCAUAAUGCGGUUACUAGGAAUAAGCGGUUCACCAGUUUAUUUCCCCUUUAAUUUGUGACAACAGGGACUCGAUAAUCGUUGACAGUGAACACACAAGAUAGAUUAAAAAGAUGUCCUAUGAAUGCUGGGUGAUGAUACAUUUGGGACUGGAUUUGUAAGUGAAUAGAAUGCACACGAAGUUCUGACUCCCUCACUGCGUCAAAUGGGGGAUGCAGCCCGGCGCUGGCUGAUAUUUUGGAACACAUCACGUCUCAAUAACAAUGUCGAUUGAAAUAACACAAUCAGAUUAAUAUCUAACAUUAGACUCAAUAUGUUCACUGUAUUGUAAAGCCAAUAAUAAUUUGACUGUGACCAGUUCUGUAGGAACCUUUUUAGGUGAUGCUGCGACUGUCCGUGUGGGCUGUUGCGCAAUUUCUGCUUCAUCAUUUAUCUUGCGGUAUGUGAGAGUUUAAGAUUUAAUCCCCGACUCGGUUCUGCGGGUUUGAAAUAAUUUGAUGACAUAAUGCCACAAAAUCCCAGUGGCUGAUGAAGCUGGAUCGCCCACAGUUACCGAACGUUAUUGAAAAUACACGGACAGAGCAGGCACAAAUGACAUCAUCAUCUCCAUCUAUGACCUGGGUGGGCCUUGGAGGCAUUUCUCCCGGUCGAAGUCUGCUGUGGAGUGGCGAGAAAUGAAGCCGUCGUUGGUGAUAGGCUAUUCAUGAGGAUGCGAGAAUCAUCCGUAGCAACAGGCACUGCGUCAAAUGGGAUGGAGUGCAAAAAGUGCUUACACACGAACCACUUCCGUGGCAAAGUUAGAUCAGCCAGUGUAGCCUAUGUGUGAAUGAGACGGGGGUUCGUCAUCCGGCGCGCAUAUAAAAGACGUGUAUGACCUCUGAUGAUAAUUACAUUUUCAUAUAAUUGGAAGGCAUAUGUCCUUUACCUUAACCCAUCUCACCCCUAUCAUUCUUUGACAACAUACAACACAUUCUGCGAAGUCGCUUGACGCGCUGUGCCAUGGCACUGCCAAUUGUCCAUCCCCAAGGCCGCGGGGGCUGCCACGUUAAAAUGGGGGCGGUGCCUGUUGAGUGGAAAUUCCCUUUAAAGAGCUGUGAUUGGCGGAAUCGGGGAUUCACGCAGAAAGGGACGCUUUAGCAAGGGAUGUAAGGAAGCAAGGCGAAGUGUCAUGGGCACUGAAGACAGACAGCCUAUUUAAUUUGACACAUCAAUUGUGAGCUAUUGAGGUUGCUGAUGUGACAAAUGUGUGUAUAGUUGCUCUGGUAAGGUCAGUGAUGGGGUAACCUAAUGAUGCAGAGAGAGAGAGGGGGGAAGGGAGAGAGAGAGAGAAAGAGAGAGAGAACUGGGGGAGGAGAGGACAGCAAGUGAAGAUGGCUGUACACGUUUCACCUUCAGACACGUGAGCGAGGUGAGAAAAGGAGGGGGAGGACAGAGGUAGGGAGGGAAGGUGGAUACAGGGCGAAGGAGGGAGGGGGAUGAGAUGAGUUGUGACUGAUCUGCAGGUGUAGAGAGAGAGAGAGUGGGGGAGGACUGAAUCCUGUUGCGGGAUAAUGACCUGAGCUCACAUUACCAUGGCUCCUGUUUCCCCUGCUUGCCUCUGUUCUUGGGGAUUGGUUAGCACAGAGACAGGAGGCAGAUGGGAUGACAGGACAGGGGGGAGGGAUAGAUAUUCCUCCCUAUGGGAUACAUUGAGAGGUGAUGGGGGAUAUCAGAGAGUGCUCACUGGACAGGGACUGAGGAGCAUGGGGUUAGCUCUCCCUGAUAUCCCCCAUCACCUCUCUCAUUGAAGGGAAGAAAGGGAAGGGAUAUACAGAAUAAAUGAAGGGCAUAUUGGUGUAGGUGGUGUGGGGAUAAAUCAUUGCAGUUGGCACAGAGGUAGAGAGCUGUAUGCUUGGCGAUCUCCUUAGACUGGCCUGGUGUGUACAGGACGGGUAUAGGAAAGGGGAAGGGUGUAGAUAUUUGGGUAAGGCUUGCUUGGUCAUGAUGGGACAAGGGACACUCUUAGAAAAAAAAGUUCCAAAAGGGUUCUUCGACUCUCCCCAUAGGAGAACCCUUUUUGGUUCCAUGUAGAACCCUUUUUGGUUUCAGGUAGAACUGUUUUGAGUUCCAUGUAUAACCCUCUGUGGAAAGGGUACUACAUGGAACCCAAAAGGGUUCUACCUGGAACCAAAAGGGUUCAACCUGGAACCAAAAAGGAUUCUUCAAAGGGUUCUCCUAUGGGAACAGCCAAAGAACCCCUUUAGGUUCUAGAUAGCACCUUUUUUUCUAAGAGUGUAGGUAUAGCUGUGGCCCAGCCCAGUUUGGUGCAGAGUGCUAGCUCACUCCCCUCCUCACUGCAUCUGCAGUCAUCCAUGUGCUGCUGCUGAGUCUGGAGGGUUUGCGCAGUGCACUGUAUGUCGACCGAGCCAUCCUGGGCAUCCUACUGUCAAUAAUCAAUAUACUAGUGGGAUAUUCAUGAGGGUUCUGUCCUUAAAGAGUCAUUUGGAAGGACAUGGUUUGAAUGUUUGACCUACUUUAAGGGUAGGGUAAUAAGGUAGGGUACUAGGGUAUUAUGUAAGUAUUUGGGGAUUUUUUUUUUAAAUGUUGCAUUAUGGUUUAUUUGAGUUUUGAUGACUCCCUUACCCUUCAAAGCAGAUUGGGUUCCUUACUAAGGUCAUGAGUUCAUCAAAUAACAUAAACAUUUGAUUGAUUGUAAUGCAAGAUAGGGCAGCCUGGUUGGUUAACGUUGCUGCAAUGUUCGGGAAAUGUUAAGUGGGGGUUUGCAGAGUGAGAGACAGAGGAGAGUUGGGUUCCCUGCCAACACAGUCAUUACUAAUUCAGAGUAUACUCCCAGCUUGUUUGUGUGUGUGUGUUUGUCUGCUCGCGCAUGUUUUUUCCCCCCCCUUCAUUAUCAACUAUGUAAAUUGCGCUGGCAAAAUAUUUGUUUGAAUUUGUCUCAGUUGAAAAUAUACAGAAAUUCUUAAAUGUAUUUAUUUUUCUAAAUUCUGCCCAAAUUACGUUUCCUUUCACAGACCGUGUCACAGGUAGCACAGUACUUCAGAGGCCAGAAGACUUUAUAAGAGAAGACAGUACACAGAGCAGGAGUUGCUAUGUAUUCUCUGUCUCCUAAAUCAUCUGCAUUAACACAGAAUAUCUUCAGGAAACCCCUCAUAGGAGAACGAGAGAGAGAGUCUACCAUUGUCCCUUCAAGGGCCACUAAACACUCAGAUUUACGAUACCAUUCUAGACAACACUAUUCUCACUGAGGAGCACACACACACACUCACAUCCACGCACGUAUACACCAGGGUUUCCGUUAGCCGGUAAUAGCCGACUUUUGGCCGAUUUUUAGCCUAUUCAUCGAUGGAAAUACCAGUGAAUGUAAAUGCCUUUGACCAGUCAUGCUUACUAAUCUAUAGGUUCAUUUGCAUAAUUUAGUGGAAUGAAAUUGCCGCGUGUGUAUUUUCGUUAGUCGUUUAUCUCACGCGCACAACGUACAAAUAUAGAGCCUAUGAGCGGAAAAUCUGUCAGACAGUGCGAAAGCUGCUGCUACAACUUCUCAAACAGCUCAUUCAUUGCUGCUGGAGUGAAACGUGCUUUUAUAAGCCCAAUCAUUGCAUAACAAUUCUAAAUGCGAUCGCGUGUUAAAAACAGUUUUGAUGGCCACGAUUAAAAAUAACUACUAUUUUUAUUUCUCAACUGGUAAUUGAAGCGCACUUCCCAUUCGCCAUUCAAGUGCAUAUAGGCAACAGUAUGCAGUCUUCAGCGCGUCACACUCCACUUUGCAAUGAGCUGGAGGCAGUAUGCAUUUUGAAAACAUAUAAUUAAUAAUAAUAAUUGAUUGGAUUUAUUUAGCUAUUUUCUACCAACUGAGGUACUCAAAGCGCUUUACAUUGUAGGGGGAAACUCACCUCAUCCACCACCAUUGUGCAGCACCCACCUGGGUGAUGCACAGCGACCAUUUUGUGCCAGAACGCUCACCACACAUCAACUAUCAGAUGGAGAGGUGAGGAGAGAUAUAUGCCAAUUAUAUAUCACUCCUUCAUAAUAUGAAGUGAAAUGUUUGAAACCUAAACCAUUUAUUUCCUAUUAUGAGGCAUGUCUUACCUUGCUUCAAAGUAAAAUCCGACCAUAAAAACGUGGAGGCAAUUAUUUUAUAAAGACUUCCAUAUGCCAUUGAAACCAGUAGCCUAUUUCUCUCAUGUUUUAUUGGUUUUCAAAUCAACUUUCUUUCACUGUCCACUAGCCAAAGGAACAAUCCUAAUCAUGUUAUCAACCCAUGCUAGUUGUUGCAUCUUUAGAUCUCCCCUCUUUCUAAAUUUCGAAUUGAUAUUUUAAUCUCUGUCACAUGAAACCGCUUGCAUGUGUAGUGCACUUUUGACAACAGUGCUUUCCUGACAACAGUGUUUUCCUGACAACAGUGUUUUCCGCUAAUUGCAUUAUGGAACGAACAUUCGAGCGUUCUAAUUUGUUUCAUCACCCUCAUUGCUUUUAAACGUUUUUUUUUUAUGUAGCCUAGUCCUACUGGUUGUAUGAAUUUGGGAUCUAUUGUCACCCCAAAAUUGUCUCUUUGGAAUAGGCAAUUUUUUUCAUGCACAGAACGACAAGCUGGCCAAUAGAAUAGGUUAACUUUCUACUAUGGGGGAUAUUAGAUUGACAUAGGCUAGUGAUUUUGCUGUUUGUUACUCGUCUUGUUGGCUGAGGAAAAGUAAAUGUGGCAGUUAUUCAAACAUCUUCAAAGUGCGCAUCGGAAUUCGAUAAGGACGCAUGCAUUUGCAUCCUCGAGUUGCAUGUUCUGUUAAAAUGAAUAAUCGUAAUCUAAAUGUGAUUUCUUUCAUUCUGAGCACCGUGAGUGGAUGCCCUAAUCAGGGAUGCACCCAAUGUCUGUUAAAUUUCUCAAAUGUCCGUUAAAUAAAAAUGCUGCCGGUUAAAUGUCCGGCGCCUCAUUUUCCUAAAGGAAACCCUGACAUACAAUCACAAUGGGCGAGUGGUAUACACACUGAGAGACAAGGACACAUGCAGACUCUAAACUGGAGCACAGCUGCCUGCCAGGAUGAACAGAUCAGGGGAUGGACAGAUGGGCAUGGGGGAGGGAUGAAGGGAUGAGGGUAGGGGAGGACAUGAGAGGGUAAUGCCAUAAGAUGGGAUUUUGUUUUGUUGUUUUUUAGAAGGGAACACAAACGAUUUCUCAGCGAGAGCUAAAUUAGGAUACAGGACGUUUGGUGUGUGUGUGUUUCACAUGCACAUAGACACACAUUGUGUAAUUUCUUCUAUAGGCAGAGGUCAUGACCUCAGGGUCUGGCUGGAAUUCCAUACCUCUGAACAUCAUUUAUUUAUAUUCAGUGUUGUAUACUUAAGUAAAAAUACUUUAAAGUACUACUUAAGUCGUUUUUUGGGAUAUCUGUACUUUACUAUACUGAACAAAAAUAUAAACGCAACAUGCAACAAUUUCAAAGAUUUCAAAGAUUUUACUGAGUUACAGUUCAUAUAAGGAAAUCAGUCAAAUGAAAUAAAUUCAUUAGGCCCUAAUCUAUGGAUUUCACAUGACUGGGCAGGGGCGCAGCCAUGGGUGACAAUCAGAAUGAGUUUUUCCCCACAAAAGGGCUUUAUUACAGACAGAAAUACUCAUCAGUUUCAUCAGCUGUCCAGGUGGCUGGUCUCAGACGAUCCCGCAGGUGAAGAAGCCGGAUGUAGAGGUCCUAGGCUGGCAUGGUUACACAUUGUCUGCGGUUGUGAGGCCGUUUGGAUGUACUGCCAAAUUCUCUGAAACAACGUUGGAGGCGGCUUAUGAUAGAGAAAUUAACAUUACAUUCUCUGGCAACAGCUCUGGUGGACAUUCCUGCAGUCAGCAUGUCAAUUGUACACUCCCUCAAAACUUGAGACAUCUGUGGCAUUGUGUUGUGUGACAAAACUGCACAUUUUAGAGUGGCCUUUUAUUGUCCACAGCACAAGGUGCACCUGUGUAAUGAUCAUGCUGUUUAAUCAGCUUCUUGAUAUGCCACAGCUGUCAGGUGGAUGGAUUAUCUUGGCAAAGGAGAAAUGCUCACUAACAGGGAUAUAAACAAAUUUGUGCACAGAAUUUGACAGAAAUAAGGUUUUUGUGCAUAUGGAAAAUCUCUGGGAUAUUUUAUUUCAGCUCAUGAAACAUGGGACCAACACUUUACAUGUUGCAUUUAUAUUUUUGUUCAGUAUAUUUAUAUUUUUGACAACUUUUACUUUUACUUCACUAAAGAAAAUCAUGUACUUUUUACUCCAUACAUUUCCCUGACACCCAAAAGUACUCGUUACAUUUUGAAUGCUUAGCAGGACAGGAAAAUGGUCCAAUUCACGUGCUUAUCAAGAGAACAUCCCUGGUCAUCCCUACUGCCUUUGAUCUGGCAGACUCACUAAACACACAUGCUUCAUUUGUAAAUUAUGUCUGAGUCUUGGAGUGUGCCCCUGGUUUUCCGUAUAUAUAUAUAAAAUAAAAUAAAUGGCGCCAUCUGAUUUGAUUAAUAUAGGGAAUUUGAAAUGAUUUGUACUUACUUUUGAUAGUUAGUAUAGUAUAUUUGAUAAAUUACUAAGUAUAUUUGAUCAAUUACAUUAACUUUUGAUACUUAAGUAUAUUUAAAUCCAAAUACUUUUACUCAAAGGUAUCUUUACUUUUACUCAAGUAUGACAAUUGGGUACUUUUCCACCACUGUUUAUAUAUUUAUUCAAUUAAGAAAAUUACCAUUUGAGAAGAAGUUGUGACAAAAAGCAACACCAAAUAUUUUACAACCAAGAUGUGUCUUGAUAUGAAACCAUUUUUCUGAAGGUCUUAAUGCACUGAUUCCCCAUUUGGUUAUCACUCUUUAAUAUGGAGAAGAAACUCCCUAUUGGAAGUUAGCUAGGGAUAGUUACUGUAUUUGGUAGAACAAUAAAAGUAGGCUAAUCAAGACAAGAGCAAUCAGUCUAGCUAAUCCUACUAGCAUGAGCCCCCGGGCCCAGCCCCCUACCCAGCCCCCUACCCCCAGGCCAUGCUUCCUGUGGCUACCUAGCCCUACCCCCAGGCCAUGCUUCCUGUGGCUACCUAGCCCUAUACCCCAGGGCUGCCGUGUUGGAACCAGAUGUCCCUAUCCCCACCAAGUCUCAAAAACGUUAUAUGUUGUCCCAUAUAAUAAUCUGUACUCUUAAUUGUUUGUUCCAAUUAUUUUAUUUUUUAUUUUUAUAAUAACAAUAAUAAUUUUGGCGAUCCCACUACAGUUCCCCCGCGACACCACUAGGGGUUGCGACCCUGACUUUGAAUACCACUGGCAUAGACAAAAAUGCAAAUAAGCACAGGCAAGCACACGAGAGGAGGCUGGUGGUAGGAGCUAUAGGAGGACGGACUCAUUGUAAUGGACUGAAUGGAACGAAUGGAACGGUAUCAAACAAAUCAAAUGUAUAAAAAACACAUUUGACUCUGUGCCAUUAAUUCCAAUCCAGCCAUUACAAUGAGCCCGUCCUCCUGUAGCUCCUCCCACCAGCCUCUUCUGACGCACCCCCACCCCCACACAGAAGCUUGCCACAGAGCACAGCAGAACGGUAUCGACAUUUAACUGUCAUCAUCACUACCCUCCGCCCCCAAACCUUCCCCCAUUGACUUAGCUAGGAUCCCUUCACAGCAGCCAAUCAACUAGUAAUGUCACAUGGUUCAUGGCUGGCCUGAUAGGCUUACAAGAGAUACUCCAACUAUAUUGGGAGGAGAGUGUUGUACAGCCAUGGUUACAGAUACUGUCACUUAUAAAGUGUUGUUAUUCACCACACACAGGCACAGUACGUGAGGGUUCGUCUCCAAUGGCACCCUAUUCCAUACAUAGUGCACUAUCAAAAGUACUUCACUACAUUGGGAAAAGUAUGGGUCUAAAGUAGUGCACUACAUAGGGAAUAGGGUGUCAUUUGGGAACCAGUCAUGGUAAUGAGGUUUAAAUAACUUCUUUCAGGAAGUGUGUAGUAUCGAGCCAUCUAUCUACCGUCUUUGUCAAUGCAAGCGUUACACACAAUCCAACUGUUUUCCUGCAAUAGUUACUAUUUCCCCUUAGUAGGUUCCCUAAAACGGAAAACCAAAUGCCACAACCUCUUCACCCCUCUUGUGAAACCCCUCACAUCUCGUGCCCUUGUGCGUAACAGUAGGAGAGGCUGGGGUGCCACGCCUCAUGCCCACGCAGGUCCAUCACCGUUAGGGGGCAUGCCCAAGCCUGUGUGCCCUAGACAGACAGACUGACAUGCUCCUGAGGGAUGGUAUUGGCUACUGGGGUUCACUAAAGGGUGGAAGUGUUCAACAUAUGAAGCAUGCCCCAUGUUCACUUCACUUCAGAACGAAUGAGUCUGAUUAAUAACAGAGAAACCAUUACAUAUAGGCCAUUGUCUGUUUUAAUAUCUCUCCUAGUCUCCUAUUUUUUCCCUUCUCUGUUACUAUUAUUUUCUGCUCCCCCCCCCCUCACUCUCUCGCUCUCUCGCUCUCUCUGUCUGCCGCAGUGCGUGUUCUCGCUCCGCAGACAGACUGUAGCCACCUCGGCUUAUAGCUUCCGCAUAUAAGAAAGCAUUUCUUUCUUUCUUAUAAAGAUACACGCACACAUACGUGUUGGCUAUUUCCUAGAAUGUGUACAGAUUCUAGUUACCAAGGCAUCAGUUAUUACUGAGUGAUCAGAUCACAGGAUCCUACAGUACUAGAACACCGCCCACCACUAAGCCUCGGUCACCAUGCCAACCUCCAUGGUAAUGUGACCUCCUAAAGAGGCGCUUAGCUCCGGCAAAUGGGACAAAACCAGAACAGAACAUUAGAAUCAGACAAACCACAGCAGCAUGACAUCACUAGAACAUGAUGAACUCUUGCUAGUUUAUUUUCAAACAUAGUGUACACACACCAAAUGAUGUUCUACUAUCCUCUGGUAGUUUAGGACACUAGUAGGUUUAGCAAUCUACUCCAAAGUGAAUUUGCCUGUCUUCCUUGUUCCAGACAGUCUGUUUUCUACUUGAAAAGAUUAGAAUGUGUGGAGGAGAUACAGUAAUAUAUACUGUAGUAUCUGUCUGUUGUAAGUCACUGACUCCAGUUCCUCCAGUCUGUGUCUGUCAGUAGGUCCGUUCUUUGUCUGUCUGUGUGAGAGCUAGUGGGUGUAAUUUCAGCCUGCAGUCUCUGUUUCUUCUCUGAAAUAACAUCAUUGCGUGACAUUUCCCCUCAACAACAGAUGGUAGAAACAGACAGACAGGCAAGCAGCCAGACAGACAGACAGGACAAGAUAAUAGAUAGAAAGAAUAGAAAUAGAUAGAUAGAUAAAAAUGAUAGAUAGAAGAUGUAGAAGAUGAUAGAGAUAGAUAGAUGGACAGGGUAGGUACGGUACGGUAGGUGGUAGGUGGUAGGUAGGUAGGUACGAGUCGGUGGUAGGUAGGUGGUAGGUAGGUGGUAGGUAGGUGGUAGUAGGUAGGUAGGUAGGUAGGUGGUGGUAGGUAGGUUAGGUGGUAGGUAGGUAGGUCGGUCGGUGGUAGGUGGUGGUAGGUCGUAGGUAGGUAGGUAGGUAGGUAGGUCGUAGGUAGGUAGGUGGUAGGUAGGUAGGUGGUAGGUCGGGUGGUGUAGGUAGGUAGGGGUGGUGUGAGUAGGUAGGUAUGGUAGGUAGGUAGGUAGGUAGGUUCGGUAGGUAGGUAGGUCGUGUGGUACGAUGAUAGAUGCAUAGCAUGAUAGAUUAGAUGUAGAUAGAUAGAUAGUGAUGAAGUAGAUAGAUAGAUGAUAGUAGAUAGAUAGAGGACAUACACCAUGUUGUAUUAAACAAUGAGGAACAAAACCAUGCUCUCUACAUUUUUUGCCUUGUAACCUAGGCGAUAGUCGUGACCUCAUAACUGCAAUCAAGAAUUCUUGCCACACAGCUGGGGGGGUUGUGGGUAAAAGGAGAAGCUUGGGUUGGCCCAUGCGUGUCAUGAAAGAUUGAGUGGCAUUUUUCUGCAGGUGGGGUUGUUUGUUUUACAGUGUUAUAAAACAAUCUAUUAGCGUGUGAUCCCAGUCACGCUGUCACUCACUGAUACACACAGCCUGACAAAGAAUAGUGGUCAAUAUCUAAUUAGUGGUGUGAGAGAAGAGCUCUUCUCUCCCUCUCACCUCCCACUGCUGUCUCUCUUUCCAUCUGCCCCAUCCCUGACUUUCUCUUUUUUCAUCAAUCUCUCUCUGUCCAUCCCUCUCUUUCAGUACAAACCUCAUUGUGUUUUAAUGCCCGUCUCACCUGUCCCCGCUCUUCUAGUGUUUGUAUUAGCACUAAAUUGGUGUGUGUGUGUGUUUGUGUGUGUUUGUGUACGUGUGUGUGUUUGUGAUGAGCAGGUGUGUUGUCAGACCUAACAAUGUACUGUAAAUACAUUUCUAUGGCCCACUAGCUAGAAACUCCACACCUGUGUGUGCCUAGCCCAGACCUGUUAGCUUAUCUAUAGCAUCGCUUGCAACCGGAGUAUUUAAUUUGCAUGUUGUAUUGAGGUACACACGCACACAUAUACAUGCACACACACACUCACAUGCACACGCAUACGUACGUACGUAUGCACGCACACACACACACAUACACAAAUACGUAUGUACGUACGUACGCAUGCACACACGCACACAAACACACACACACACACACACACACACAGGCAGGCAAAUCUCAAAGGGCAUGAGCAGCAGUAGUUUUCCAUCAGUCUCUCCUUUGUUCUGCGUUCGGUUCGCUAGGCCUGUCUGGUCUUGCUGCAGCGAGAGUUCACUCACAUUCUCAGAUAACGACAUCCACAUGCGCACGUGUGUGUGUGUUAAGGUGUGGGAAGGUUGAUUUUGUACAUGAUUUUGUAGUCAAAUUGUGUUUUGUUUGUGGGGAGUUGUGUUUGGUCGAAUGUUUGAACCAAUCUUUUCAGGGUUAGUUUGUGUUCAAGGGAGACUCUAGUGUGUCCCAGUAUUACUUCUGUAAAUCAGGGGCAGAGUGGAGACCUGCAGUGCUCACUAUAAAUCCUCCUCAAACCAUUCUGACCACAAUGAACCACUAAGUUUGGUCUCUUUUACAAGUGGAGGAUUCUAUGCAUCUGACAUUUCUCAACUGCACUUGUAUUAAGCACUGGGACUUUCAGUGGCAAGUUUACUCACCCAUUCAUGGCAUUAUACUUAGUCAGUCAAGUGUGUUUAUCAGGGUGUGGGAGCCUAGGUAACAUGUGUUUAGCUUGGUAUAGGCUAUUUAUUUGGCUUGUGAUGGACAGGGCAACAAAAAAAAUGUAUUGAAUGUGUAUUUACCCUUUAUUAUUCAGAAUAAAUUAACAGGGAAGGGCCAAUCAUAUCCAAAGAGGGCCAGUGUAGGUGCGGGCUUUUGUUCCAACCAAGCAGUAACACAGCUGAAACCCUGUCAAACCAUGGUAUGGUGUAGCUAUACAGCAGUAGACCAAGUUGGUUAGAGCAUGUCAUCUUGCCAAUAGCCACCAGCUUCCCUGUGUUUCCUUGAACACUACACCUUACAGUCACUUGAUGAUGAUGCUAGAACAAACAAAAGUGACUAUAUCAUCAGAAUGGAUGAGAAAGUGUGAGCUACAUGUUCUUAAUUAAGGGUGAGGGGUGUGGUAAGAGACAGACAGAUUACAUUUUGGAUGUCUUUUGGACUCCUCUUCUGUGGUCCUUUAACCCUUCUGGUCCUUAAUUACAUCACUGCAGCAAGGUCAGUUUCCUUGAUGAGUUGGCUGUGUCAAUGAGCGGCUUUUCCACUAGGACCCAUAGAACCUCCUGGAAGCCAUUUUGUCUCUCUCUCUCUCAUUCUGUCAACUGAGGGACUCUGGUCAGGGGCUUCUGUAUUGAUUUGAUGUGAGCACCAGUUAGUGUAAAUCGGAAAUUGAGCUAAUGCAACAAUUUGAGCUCACUAGAAGAGACAUUUGUCUGUCUGUGUGUGUGUGUGUGUGUCUGCAAAACUGUUUCAUAUUCAACACAUCACAGUCACAUUGAUGUAUCCAACCUAAUUGAAUUGAUAUGAACUUAAUUAGAGAGGUUUUGAAGACUGAGAUAAUGCACUGUCUGCACUCUGUUUCUCUUUCAUCGCCUCUGUGCCCCACCAGCUAGUGUGUGUGUUGUGUGUGUGUGUGUACCUGUGUGUGUGUGUGUGUGUGUGUGGAGAACAUACAGUAGUCUCUGGUGACAGACAGUUAACACAAAUGACAAAUGGAGCAGGUGGCCAGUGGAUACAAACUGUGAUAGCGGGUUCCGAGAUGAGACAAACACUGCAGUAAAGCCAGACGGUCGUUUGAUCCUUCUGUCUGUGAUCUCUGUGAAGUUCAAAUGGGUAUCAGAGAAAAUAAUGAAGUCCCUCUCCCCGUCUGUUGUGUCUGGUGCUUUAACCAUGUUUCUAUUGAAAUAAUAAUGAAAGUAUCCCCCCCUAAUCCCUUCCCCCCUCUCUGACUGUCCCCCCCCCGCCCAGUAUGGGCGGUCGGACAGUUACCGCGUUGCUACCACACAGGAUAAAGAUGGCAAAUCUUCUCCCAGCAAGAAGAACAAGAAGGGGAAGGACAUGGAUGAACUCAAGAAAGAAGUACCGAUUGUAAGUGACUGGCACACAGUGGCACACACACUGCCCUGCUCAAGGGGUGCGCUGGGCACCCCCAUAACUAUUAUUGAAAUACUAACAUAUGCCUCUCCAUAAGUGUUAGAGUAUGAAUAUUGGCCUGAUCUAAUAAUGUGUAACUGGAACAUACACUCUCUAAAUAGUUUGGAGAAAGACCUGAAAGUGAAUGAUAAUAAUUAUCCUAGUUUGUUUUAAAUUAAUUGUUAUGAUAUUUAUGGCAUAUUCUCAAUUUUUCUCUGUUUCUCUCUCCCACACAAAUACACAUACAUACACUCUAUCUCUCUCUCUCUCGCUCUCGCUCUCUCUCUCUCGCUCUCUCUCGCGCUCUCUCUCUCUCUCUCUCUCUCUCUCUCUCUCUCUCUCUCUCUCUCUCUCUCCCUCCCUCCCUCCCUCUCUACCUUUCAGACGGAACACAAGAUGUCCAUAGAGGAAUGUUGCAGGAAGUUCAACACCGACAUUGUCCAGGUGAGUCCUCCUACUGUACUGUACCAUAGAGAUACUUGAGUCGUCGCCUAUUCCUGCUGUAGCACUAGCAGAGCUGCUACUAGGCCACUAGAUGGUGGUUAUUUUACUAUUUUACAUUCACUCAUGCCACACGGUUGGUGUUUUUGAGUGGAUCAGUUUGAGCAACAUUUUAAUGCAUUCUAAUACUUCUCAAGCCCCUUAUAAAGUCUUAAUUAUCAUCUUAUAAUGAUCCUUACUAAGUUCACAGCCUUUUUUGUUCUACGUAAAGACAUAACACAUUUUAAGCCUCAUUAUAAUGUUUUAAAGACUCAUACAUGCUUAUAAGUAGUCAUAAAGCAUUAUACCUGCAGGCUUAAAGUUUUACCCAUAUAAUUACAUAUUAGAUGUAAUAGGAUUUUUGUGGUGUCACCCCUAAUUUCAACACACUCAGUUCUAGGUUUAACCCACCCCACCCUCUCCCCACCCAGGGUCUGACCAACGCCAAGGCGGCUGAGUUUCUGAUCAGGGACGGUCCCAAUUGCCUCACCCCUCCCCCGACCACCCCCGAGUGGAUCAAGUUCUGUCGCCAGCUAUUCGGUGGCUUCUCCAUCCUGCUGUGGACCGGCGCCAUCCUCUGUUUCCUGGCCUACGCUAUCCAGGCCGCCACUGAGGACGAGCCGGCAGGAGACAAUGUGAGUCACACACAAGCACACCCACACACACAUACAUGCACCCAAACACGAAACGUAAACACAGCCACAGAAUAAAGGACAGUUAGAGCCACACACAGCUGAAUCACACAUACAGUUGAAGUCGGAAGUUUACAUACACCUUAGCCAAAUACAUUUAAACUUAGUUUUUCACAAUUCCUGACAUUUAAUCCUAGUAAAAAAAUCCCUGUCUUAGGUCAGUUAGGAUCACCACUUUAUUUUAAGAAUGUGAAAUAUCAGAAUAAUAGUAGAGAGAAUUAUUUAUUUAAGCUUUCAGUUCUUUCAUCACAUUCCCAGUGGGUCAGAAGUUUACAUACGCUCAAUUAGAAUUUGGUAGCAUUGCCUUUAAAUUGUUUAACUUGGGUCAAACGUUUCGGGUAGCCUUCCACAAGCUUCCCACAAUAAGUUGGGUGAAUUUUGGCCCAUUCCUCCUGACAGAGCUGGUGUAACUGGGUCAGGUUUGUAGGCCUCCUUGCUCGCACACGCUUUUUCAGUUCUGCCCACACAUUUUCUAUAGGAUUGAGGUCAGGGCUUGUCAGAAGCUGAUGUGGAUGCGGUGUUGGAGUCAGGCGCAGGACACAGAAGCUUAGUCGAAAACGACUUUAAUUGUCACAAAGACAUAUACAAAAUAACGGGCCUCAAAACACAGGAGGCGAGCGAUUACGCAGACAGUGCGUAAAACACUAACAACUAGAAAACAAUAACAUACACCAGCGGACAGGCGGACAACAACACACAACUGCAAACAAAACCAAAGGAAACUUAUAGGUGACAUAAUCAAUACAUAAUACGAAACAGGUGCACCAACAAGACAAAACCAAACAAACAUAGAGAACAUCAAGCGGUAGCAGCUAGUACUCCGGGGACGACGAACGCCGAAGCCUGCCCGAACAAGGAGGAGGAGCAGUCUCGGCGGAAUUCGUGACAGGGCUUUGUGAUGGCCACUCCAAUACCUUGACUUUGUUGUCCUUAAGCCAUUUUGCCACAACUUUGGAAGUAUGCUUGGGGUCAUUGUCAAUUUGGAAGACCCAUUUGCAACCAAGCUUUAACUUCUUGACUGAUGUCUUGAGAUGUUGCUUCAAUAUAUCCACAUCAUUUUCCUUCCUCAUGAUGCCAUCAAUUUUGUGAAGUACACCAGUCCCUCCUGCAGCAAAGCACCCCCACAGCAUGAUGCUGCCACCCCCGUGCUUCACGGUUGGGAUGGGGUUCUCCGGCUUGCAAGCACCACCGUUUUCCUCCAAACAUAACGAUGGUCAUUAUGGCCAAACAGUUCUAUUUUUGUUUUAUCAGACCAGAGGACAUUUCUCCAAAAAGUACGAUCUUUGUCCCCAUGUGCAGUUGCAAACCGUAGUCUGGCUUUUUUAUGGCGGUUUUGGAGCAGUGGCUUCUUCCUUGCUGAGUGGCCUUUUAGGUUAUGUCGAUAUAGGACUUGUUUUACUGUGGAUAUAGAUACUUUUGUACCUGUUUCCUCCAGCAUCUUCCCAAGGUCCUUUGCUGUUGUUCUGGGAUUGAUUUGCACUUUUCACACCAAAGUACGUUCAUCUCUAGGAGACAGAACGCGUCUCCUUCCUGAGCGGUAUGACAGCUGCGUGGUCCCAUGGUGUUUAUACUUGCGUACUGUUGUUUGUACAGAUGAACGUGGUACCUUCAGGUGUUUGGAAAUUGCUCCCAAGGAUGAACCAGACUUGUGGAGGUCUAACAUUUCUUUCUGAGGUCUUGGCUGAUUUCUUUUGAUUUUCCCAUGAUGUCAAGAAAAGAGGCACUGAGUUUGAAGGUAGGCCUUGAAAUACAUCCACAGGUACACCUCCAAUUGACUCAAAUGAUGUCAAUUAGCCUAUCAGAAGCUUCUAAAGCCAUGACAUCAUUUUCUGUUUAAAGUCACAGUCAACUUAGUGUAUGUAAACUUCUGACCCACUGGAAUUGUGAUACAGUGAAUUAUAAGUGAAAUAAUCUGUCUGUAAACAAUUGUUGGAAAAAUGACUUGUGUCAUGCACAAAGUAGAUGUCCUAACUGACUUGCUAAAACUAUAGUUUGUUAACAAGACAUUUGUGGAGUGGUUGAAAAAACGAGUUUUAAUGACUCCAACCUAAGUGUAUGUAAACUUCCGACUUCAACUGUACCUACAUUUACCAAACCUCACACACACUGCCAGCAGUGCCAGUCCCUAACCUUAAUUGUAAAAUACACCCAAAUGGCUAAUGUACUUGGUCAUUGCCACUUUUUUCUGUUUUUGCAUGAUCAUCUAGCCUAGUGACUACUACCACGGUGGUCUGUGUUCAGUUUGAAGCUAAAUACUCCUAAUAUGCAUUGACCUGCAAUGUACACAGUAUAACAAUGGGCUUUCCUUUCUCUCUCUCUCUCUCCUCAGUUGUACCUGGGUAUCGUGCUCUCUGUUGUCGUCGUGGUCACCGGCUGUUUCUCCUACUUCCAGGAGGCCAAGAGCUCCAAAAUCAUGGAGUCCUUCAAGAACAUGGUGCCCCAGGUAAACAUGUGUGUGUGUGUGUGUGUGUGUGUGUGUGUGUGUGUGUGGGUAUAUAUAUAUGAAUGUGGUGUGGACAAUCUAACCCUCCCUCUGUGUUCUCCCUGUAGCAAGCGCUGGUGAUCCGUGAGGGCGAGAAGAUGACAAUCAACGCUGAGGAGGUGGUGGCUGGAGACCUGGUGGAGGUGAAGGGAGGAGACAGGAUCCCCGCCGACCUCAGAGUCGUCUCUGCUCACGGCUGCAAGGUACCAUACACACACAAUCACACUCACACAUAGUUCAUAUAACACACACUCACACAGCUACACAUUUUAUAUAUCAAAUGUUCAACAAGUUUGCUGGGUUUUGUCCUUCUCUUAUAGGUGGAUAACUCCUCCCUGACUGGCGAAUCAGAACCCCAGAGCAGGUCACCUGACUGUACCCAUGACAACCCCCUGGAGACCCGCAACGUCGCUUUCUUCUCUACCAACUGCGUUGAAGGUAACCAUAGAAACUGCUAACUCACAGACAGACAGACAGACACAUCACCUGUUCUGUCCCUGACAAUUCUCCUAUCCUCUUCUCUCUAUUCCUGCGUGUCAGACUCGACCUACCAAAUUCAGUCAACAGGGUCCUACUGCAGUAUUGGAUGCUGCACCCCAGCAGCACUAAGGCUUGCUAGGCUUUUGACUGGUUCAACUAAGCUGAUUCAAACGUAAUAUUAUACCACAGAGCUGUUGUUGACACAGAAGUUCCCCACAUACUAGCAUAAAAGAGUUCCCACUUUACUUCUCUUCUCUCAUGUCAACCUCUCUUUUACUGAAUUAAUAUAUGCCCUCUAUUUCCCCCCUCUCUCUCUCCCUCUCUCUCUCUCUCUCUCAGGUACAGCGCGUGGCAUCGUGGUGUGUACCGGCGACCGUACCGUCAUGGGCCGUAUCGCCACUCUCACCUCCGGUCUGGAGUCGGGCAAGACCCCCAUCGCCAAAGAAAUUGAGCACUUCAUCCACCUGAUCACAGGCGUGGCCGUGUUCCUGGGCAUCACCUUCUUCAUCCUGGCCGUCUGCCUGGGAUACAGCUGGCUGGAGGCUGUCAUCUUCCUCAUUGGCAUCAUUGUGGCCAAUGUCCCUGAGGGCCUGCUGGCUACUGUCACUGUGAGUGGCCCUGGCCCCCUCUCCGUCUGACCCUUCCUCUCUAUUGCUGUUUGUCUCUGAAUCCCAUCUCUAUUGAACCUCAUACCUGACCUCUAGACUGUAGAUUCUAGUGGUCCUCCUCAGUUUAGUUGGUAGAGCAUGGCGUUUGUAACGCAAGGAUACUGGGUUCGAUUCCUGGGACCACUCGUACGUAGAAUCUAUCCACUCAUGGCUGUAAGUCGCUUUGGAUAAAAGUGUCUGCUAAAUAUCAUAUAUUAUAUAAAUGAGAUUCAUUCUAGAUCAACUAGACUGUAGAUCUAGACCAAUUAGACCAACUAGACAGCUAACUACACAGUUAAUAUAGACCUACUAGACAUCGAAUGAGACUAGAUCCAGACCAACUAUAACUUCGACAGAAAUACAUUAUAUAUCUCUAGACCAAUUAGACAGCUGAAGCAAGCACACACAUUUUCUCCAGAAAAUGUAGUACCAGUACCCUCCUUCAUUCUGGUUCCUGGAUAACCCCCGUCUUUCCCCUGUCACUGUGCUGUAGGUCUGUCUGACUCUGACUGCCAAGCGUAUGGCUAAGAAGAACUGCCUGGUCAAGAAUCUGGAAGCUGUGGAGACCCUAGGCUCCACCUCCACCAUCUGCUCCGACAAGACUGGCACCCUGACCCAGAACAGGAUGACCGUGGCCCACAUGUGGUUCGACAACCAGAUCCACGAGGCUGACACCACAGAGGACCAGUCUGGUAAGAGGAGAUCAGGAGGGUUAGGGUUGGAGUUAGUGUUAGAUAUAAUGUUAGAGUUAGGGCUCAGACACACCAAUAGCAUUCUAUAACCUAUGUAUUCACAUGGUAGUUACACAGACAAGUACAGUUUAAUUACAGGUUAUUGAUUGAUAUUGUUUUAUCAUCUCUAAUCGGCCACCUCUCUCUCCAGGUGCCUCCUUUGACAAGACCUCAGCCUCAUGGGCUGCCCUGGCUCGCGUCGCAGCUCUCUGCAACCGUGCCGUGUUCAAAGCUGGCCAGGACCAACUGCCCAUCCUGAAGAGGGACACCGCUGGUGAUGCCUCCGAGUCUGCCCUGCUCAAGUGUAUCGAGCUGUCCUGUGGCUCUGUCAAACAAAUAAGGGAGAAGAACAAGAAGGUGGCCGAGAUCCCAUUCAACUCCACCAACAAGUACCAGGUACGUAACACACAUGUGUACAUACACACACAACACAACACAACACUCAAAUGGAUUGGUUUAUAACACCCUGACCAUGUCUGAUCUCCCUCUCCCCCUUCUUCCCCCCCUAUUUCUCUCUCUCUCCCUUCCAUCCUCAACCACCCCCAUAGCUCUCAGUUCACGAGACAGAGGAUCCCAAUGACAACCGCUACCUGCUGGUGAUGAAGGGAGCCCCAGAGAGGAUCCUGGACCGCUGCACCACCAUCAUCAUCCAGGGCAAAGAGCAGCCCAUGGACGAGGAGAUGAAGGAAUCCUUCCAGAACGCCUACAUGGAGCUUGGAGGACUGGGAGAGAGAGUACUCGGUGAGACAGGGAGAAUGAAAGAGGGGGGGGGGGGGGGGGGAGAUGAAGAGGGAGAGAGAGAGAGGGGUGGGGGGGUGAGAACAAGGAAGAGAAAGAAAUGGGAAGAGUAAGAAAUGGGCCUUCCAGAAGCAUAAGAUGGAGUAAGAGAGGUUAGAAGGAGUAGAGGGGGAGAAGUGGUGGAUAAAUGACAGUAUCAAUGAUGAAUAGAUAAAUGAGGAUGACGACUUAGUAGAGAAUGAGUAGGAAAGGUAAUCAAGCUAACACCUCCUGUCACUCCCCAGGUUUCUGCCACCUGCUAAUGCCAGAGGAUCAGUACCCCAAGGGCUUUGCCUUCGACUGUGACGACGUCAACUUCACCACAGAGGGCCUGUGCUUCGUGGGCCUCAUGUCCAUGAUUGACCCACCCCGUGCCGCUGUGCCCGACGCUGUGGGUAAAUGCCGUUCGGCUGGCAUCAAAGUCAUCAUGGUGACCGGUGAUCAUCCAAUCACUGCUAAGGCCAUCGCUAAGGGCGUGGGCAUCAUCUCCGAGGGCAACGAGACAGUGGAGGACAUCGCCUCUCGCCUCAAUAUCCCCGUCAGCCAGGUUAACCCAAGGUGAGAAACAUGAGACACAUACACAUACACACACAAGCGCAGUACAUCAUUUUACAAUGAAGGUGAGACCACAUGGGAUCUUGUUCUGCUCCUUCAUUGUUCUUAUACAUUUUCACUCUCAUGUCACUUUCGCCCUGUCUCUGUGGAUCCAAGCUAACUAUUUGAAUAUGUGUGUGUCUCAGGGAUGCCAAGGCUUGUGUGAUCCAUGGUACAGAUCUGAAGGAAUUGUCUCAGGACCAGAUGGAUGACAUCCUCAGAAACCACACUGAGAUCGUGUUUGCCAGGACCUCCCCCCAGCAGAAACUCAUCAUCGUAGAGGGCUGCCAGCGACUGGUGAGACACACACACAGACAGAAACAGAAAGACACACACACACCACCUGAAUCCAUCACCCAAUCAACAAAAGUGAACUUGCUUUCCACAACUACACUAAUAUAAGUCUGGAAACAGGGUUGGGGUUCAUUCCAUUUUCAGUUCGGGGAGAUUGUUGACAUUUUAUUCAUGCAUUUAAAUAUACUCAUUGAAAAUAAUGGGCAAUUGGAAAUGAAUUGAUUGAAUUGAACAGGGAAUUGACCCCACAUCACUUCCCCCUAGUUUUGGUACAAUAGUGACUGUCUAUGAGCCAUGGUCAAAAGUACUACUAAAGUGCACUAUAAAGGGAAUAGGGUGCCAUUUUGGACACAACCUAACUCUUUUGUCCCUCCCAGGGUGCCAUCGUGGCUGUGACAGGUGACGGUGUGAAUGACUCUCCUGCCCUGAAGAAGGCUGACAUCGGCGUUGCCAUGGGAAUCUCCGGCUCUGACGUAUCCAAGCAGGCCGCUGACAUGAUCCUGCUGGACGACAACUUUGCCUCCAUCGUCACCGGAGUGGAAGAGGGUGAGAAAUAGGGAGAGAGAGGAGAAUCGAUGGAAAGAGUAGAAGGGGGUGUGAGAGGGUGAGAGGGAGAAGUGGAAGAAAGGUAAAAGAGGGCAGAAAAGGAGAAAAGGGGAGGGACAGGUAAUAUGAGCCUGUAUUCUUAAAGCAUCUCAGAGUAGGUGCUGAUCUCGAAUCAGUUUUGACUUUUUAGAUCAGAGUGAAUAAGAUCACAUGAACAAGGGAGACCUGAUCCUAGAUCAGCCCGCCUACUCUGAGACACUUUAUGAAUAAGGGCGGGCCCUGAUCCAACCUUGAGUGACCUUUGCUCAAUUCUACAGAGGUUAGAGGUCAGAGUUCAGUUUGUGAACUCUAUGUGUGUCCUCCUGUCUCCUUGCAGGUCGUCUGAUCUUUGAUAACCUGAAGAAGUCCAUUGCCUACACCCUGACCAGUAACAUCCCUGAGAUCACACCCUUCCUCCUCUUCAUCAUUGUCAACAUCCCCCUACCCCUGGGAACCAUCACCAUCCUCUGUAUUGACCUGGGAACUGACAUGGUAAGGCACACACACAAACACACAAAACACACACACACGGCAACACAGACACAUGGCAGAGAGCUAAAGAAAUACGAUAUUGUGCAUCAUUGAAAAAAAUGUUCACAUGGAAACUUGAUAUGCCCUAUCUCACAAAGGAGCAAUCAAUCAAAUAUACAUCAAUGUGAAAUAUUUGGUUCUCAUACAAACUCACACCCCAGGUGCCCGCCAUCUCCCUGGCCUAUGAGGCAGCCGAGAGUGACAUCAUGAAGCGUCAGCCCAGGAACCCCACCAGGGACAAGCUCGUGAACGAGAGGCUCAUCAGCAUCGCCUACGGACAAAUCGGUGGGUUCCCAUUAGCUCCCCCACCUGGUUGGGGGGAUAAAGACAGUACAUAUGUAGCUGGACAUGUUAUCAUAGCCCACAGCCAGAUCAAUGAUCAUUACUUGAAGUCCUUGAGCACUAGUCGUGAGGACAUUGUGACAAAUCUGAUCAGGCAGUAGUUGGGGCCUACUCUAUGGACAGUAUGGUUGAUUAGUAUUUUACCACCCUGUGGUAGAAUCGGACAGACUGAUGGCAUUAUAGAUCACAAAUCUAUGGUCAAUGGUUUUUCCUUGUGGGAUCCGGUUAACAUCAUUUCCAGAGUGAACGUGUGUUAACGCUUUAUGUCUAUGUCUGUGUGUGAAGGUAUGAUCCAGGCUCUGGGAGGCUUCUUCUCCUACUUUGUGAUCUUGGCUGAGAAUGGCUUCCUACCCUCAAUUCUUGUGGGCAUCAGGCUCAACUGGGACGACCGCGCUUGCAACGACCUGGAAGACAGCUAUGGCCAGCAAUGGGUAGGUACACGCUACAAUUCCGAGCCAAAAUAAGUAUUCAAAUCAUAGCGAUACAGUAUAUUACAAGUAUAUCUGCAAAUUCAUUGUUUACACUAUUUCACCAUAUUUUAUCAGUUUCUAUAAAUAAAUAUUCCCUGACCAAGAUGGCCAUCCUUUUAGUCACAUUGCCGGGAUGCCGAUGUCCAUUCUAUGGUUCUAUUUCAUUCUAUGAUUAAAAUACUGUGUCUCACUCCCUCUCUCCUCUCUGUGUGUAGACAUAUGAACAGAGGAAGAUCGUGGAGUUCACCUGUCACACAGCCUUCUUCGUCAGUAUCGUGGUGGUACAGUGGGCUGAUGUCAUUGUCUGCAAGACCAGGCGUAACUCUGUCUUCCAGCAGGGCAUGAAGUGAGUCUGUCUGUCUGUCUGCCUGUCUGUUUCUGUCUCUCUUUUCCUGUCUGUCUGUCUGUCUGUUUCUGUCUCUCUUUCCUGUCUGUCUGUCUGUCUGUCUGUCUGUCUGUCUGUCUGUCUGUCUGUCUGUCUGUCUGUCUGUCUGUCUGUCUCUACAUUUGUUAAUAUACAGUAUGCUUGGUCUCUAUGUAUAUUACGCUCUCUCACCCUCUAUCUCCUCGGCACUACUCUCCUCUUAGGAACAAGAUCCUGAUAUUUGGCCUGUUUGAAGAGACAGCUCUGGCUGCCUUCCUGUCCUACACCCCAGGCAUGGAUGUGGCACUCAGGAUGUUCCCCCUAAAGUGAGUGGAGUAAACCCAGAAAUAUACAGGAAUACAUCUACACAUACUGUGGACAUACACCUACACAAACAGAUAGACAUAGACAUACACCUAUACAUUAGCAUACACAUACACCUAAAUAUAAUACAGCUACAUACACACAUACUGUACAUACACCUACACUGACAGCUUGUGGGGUCCUCUUAUUGACCUUCUAUCUGUCAUGUUGUGAGGUUGUGUUUAUUAACCUCUGCCCCCCUCCUCUCUCUCUCUCUCUCUCUCUCUCUCUCUCUCUCUCUCUCUCUCUCUCUCUCUCUCUCUCUCUCUCGCUCUCUCUCUCUCUCUCUCUCUCUCUCUCUCUCUCUCUCGCUCUCUCUCUCUCUCUCUCUCUCUCUCUCUCUCUCCUCCAGACCAAGCUGGUGGUUCUGUGCGGUCCCCUACAGUGUCCUCAUCUUUGUGUAUGAUGAGAUCCGAAAACUGCUCAUCCGUAGGAACCCAGGAGGUAAAUGGCUGUCUCUCUCUCUUUCUCUAUGUAUAACAUUUAGGCCUGAAUCCUAACAUGAGAUUUGCAUUUGUAACUUCACGCAAAUCUUUAAUUGACACAAAAACAAGAAAACUCUCUAACGCCUCUCUUUCUCUUCCCCUCCCCUCUCCUCCUACAGGUUGGGUGGAAAGGGAGACAUACUAUUGAGCGAUGGAAACCGUCUUUACUCACACCCCUACAUCUUCCAUUUGUUUCUCCCCCCUUCAUUCCAUCCCUGGCAAGACACGUCUUCAGAUGCCCCACCCCGUAAAAGACAACAACCGCUUCAAAGCAAUUUUCAUCACAACAGCCCCAAAGAUGAAAAACAGCAAAGCACCUUCACGACUUUCUACAUCAACCUCCCUCCUCUCCAUCUCCUAUGAUACUCUUUGCAUGUGUUCUCUCACUGCUGUGUACAUAAACCAAUAUAUCUACCAAACGGCAGCUGCAUAUUGUGUAUGUAGAUUUGAAUGAGCUAUGAUCUAAAGGGAGUGUCUACGCUCAGCAAAAAAGGGCCAUACCGCUCCUUCCUUCCUCCCUUCCCUUUCUUUCCCCCCUCUAUCUCUAUACCUCUGUUCCUCCCUCUCUUCCUCCUCCUGCAACCCUUUGCUUGUCCUCUGAUCACACACAGAUAUACAGAUCACAAGCGAGAUCCCACAGCUGACACCAAUCGAGCCAUCCCCUCUCGCCCUCUCCUGUCUCCAGGAGGAAGAGCGGAUGUCUUUCUCACUCCGACCAUUUCCUUUUUCUUCAACAGUGUUGUUGUUUUUUGAUAAUAUGGGGUGGGGGUUCAAUGGUUUUACUUGUUUUUUUAUUUAUAUAAAGGGAGGGGGGUAUGUGAGAGCUUCUUUCCCUCAUUUAGGCAUAACAAAACACACCCCGCCAUGGCGUCACCAGUCCCCCUUCCCUUCCUGUCUCUCACACCCUCCUCUCCCCGCUACUCCCUGUUUGUCUAUGUUUGUGUGCACUGUGUGAACCAUUGUCCUUGUUAAAUACUACAGUACACCCCCAGUUGGAAAAUACAACUCAAUCUUUCUGUGUGUUCUAGGAAAACUAUAUAAUUCUAUACCGAUUUAAAGAAAUAAAAAUGAUAUGUUGAAAAUAAAACAUCUCAAGAUAUGCAUUCAAUGAAAAAGAACAUUGGCGGCAUUGUUGAACCCGUUAUGGAAAAAGAGGAAAGAUCACCCUGUUUCCUUUUUUUGUAUGGUUUCCAAUCUCUUUUUUGCCAGGUUUUCAGAAAGCUGAUGCAAAAAUUUAAAAAGCGACAAGGUUUUCGGUUGUGUUUUAUUAUUAAAACAUGUGAGACAGAAUCUAUGGCGUCCAUAUUCCUACUACCACUUCAUUGUGCCGGUGAAAUGUGGUGUGAUGAUUUGGUGUGAGAUGACAUGUCCAUGUUCCUGGAGUCCGGUCCAGUCUAGGUGACCCAGUCCAGGUAUUGAGUUCUGUGUGAAUGUCUGUUUUGGAGACCAGCAGAGGAACAGCCAUUUCAGGCUGGGUCUCACUCAGAGGGCUGUGGGGGGUUGAGACUACAGAAAAUAAAAUAAAAACAGUAGUAGAACAUGUGUGUGAAAGAAAAUGAAACCAACACCAAUAAAACAUCUAGAACAUUUAAUACAA